GUUCUCUGGAGCUGGGAGCCGAGAGACGGCGGGCGGGAAAACCCGGCGCCCGGAAGCCCUUGCUUUCUUUGACGCAAGGGCUUGGGACGCAGCCGCCGUCGGCCGAGCGCCCGGCGAGGAGCGACCCCAGACGGAGCCUCCGGAGUUCCUCCACCCCCACUUCGCCCGGUCCCGGAGCCUCGGUCUUCCCCGCCGCCCUCCUCGUGGCCAUGGAGUGUCCACACCUGAGCUCCAGCGUCUGUAUCGCUCCGGACUCAGCCAAGUUCCCCAACGGCUCCCCGUCGUCCUGGUGCUGCAGCGUGUGCCGAUCCAACAAAAGCCCCUGGGUCUGUUUGACUUGUUCAAGUGUCCACUGUGGAAGGUAUGUGAAUGGCCAUGCAAAAAAACAUUAUGAAGAUGCACAAAUACCCUUAACCAACCAUAAGAAAGCAGAAAAGCAAGAUAAAGUUCAACAUACAGUUUGUAUGGAUUGCAGUAGCUACAGUACAUACUGUUAUCGCUGUGAUGAUUUCGUGGUUAAUGACACGAAGCUGGGACUGGUACAGAAAGUCAGAGAACACUUACAGAACUUGGAAAACUCAACUUUCACAGCUGACAGGCAUAGGAAAAGGAAACUUUUGGAAAAUUCGUCACUAAACAGCAAAUUAUUAAAAGUAAAUGGAAGCACCACUGCCAUUUGUGCCACAGGCCUUCGGAAUUUGGGGAACACAUGUUUCAUGAAUGCCAUCCUUCAGUCACUCAGUAACAUUGAGCAGUUUUGCUGUUAUUUCAAAGAACUUCCCGCCGUGGAGUUAAGGAAUGGGAAGACAGCAGGAAGGAGAACAUACCACACCAGGAGCCAAGGGGACAACAAUGUGUCUUUGGUGGAAGAGUUUAGAAAAACACUCUGUGCUUUAUGGCAAGGCAGCCAGACUGCAUUUAGCCCAGAGUCCUUAUUUUAUGUUGUUUGGAAGAUUAUGCCGAAUUUUAGGGGCUAUCAGCAGCAGGACGCCCAUGAAUUCAUGCGCUAUCUUUUGGACCACCUACACUUGGAACUCCAGGAUGGUUUCAAUGGUGUUUCCCACUCCACGAUUCUUCAGGAGAAUUCGACUCUAUCUGCAAGUAACAAAUGUUGCAUAAAUGGAGCAUCUACUGUUGUCACAGCUAUAUUCGGAGGCAUUCUCCAAAAUGAGGUUAACUGCCUCAUAUGUGGGACAGAAUCUAGAAAGUUUGAUCCAUUCCUAGACCUCUCACUAGAUAUUCCAAGUCAGUUCAGAAGUAAGCGCUCUAAGAAUCAAGAAAAUGGACCAGUUUGUUCAUUACGAGAUUGUCUUCGCAGUUUUACUGACUUAGAGGAACUUGAUGAGACAGAGUUAUAUAUGUGCCAUAAAUGCAAAAAGAAACAAAAGUCCACAAAAAAGUUUUGGAUUCAAAAACUACCCAAGGUGCUAUGCUUACAUUUGAAAAGAUUUCAUUGGACAGCAUAUUUAAGAAACAAAGUUGAUACAUAUGUAGAAUUUCCGCUGAGAGGCCUAGACAUGAAAUGCUACUUACUAGAGCCUGAGAACAGCGGCCCGGAGAGCUGCCUGUACGACCUCGCUGCUGUGGUGGUGCACCAUGGUUCUGGGGUUGGUUCUGGACAUUACACAGCAUAUGCAACUCACGAAGGCCGCUGGUUCCAUUUCAAUGACAGUACUGUAACACUGACCGAUGAAGAGACCGUGGUGAAGGCAAAGGCCUACAUUCUUUUUUACGUGGAACGCCAGGCCAAAGCUGGAUCAGAUAAACUUUAAUACCUCCUCUAAAUCAUCAUCAUUCAUCAACUAUACCGGACAAACAUUUCCUAUUUUCCACAAAUACUUGAUCCAAGAUUUAAUUUCAUUAUGCACUUUUCAGUUUCCUAUUUUGGGUUUAGUUUUAUCAAUGGUAGUGACUUAUUGAACAUGGGCACCAACUAAUUUUGUUGUUGUUCUACCAGAAAACCUCAGCAGACAUUUUGAUUUGCUGCUUUAGUUGUAAUAAUUCAAUUUUUAUAUGUAGUUCCAAGAACUUAGUUCUAUUUGACUUUUUUAUAUUAAUGUUUUCAGUUCUCACUUUGAGGCACAUUUACAUCAAUGCUUUUGUUACUCUCACAUGCUGACAGCAAGAUACGUUCCUGACUGUGAAGAGCGACACAAUUGCCUGCUGCCUUUUCCAAGCUGUAAUGGAGAUCAGGUUGACUCUAAAUCACGGAUCAUGUGCUCAUGUAAUUUGUGGCCCACAAGAUUUCACAGUGACUGCUAAGUAAUCAUUGUCUUUGCCUGUUAAAGAUAACUGAGAGGGCAUCAUUAAGUAGACCGGGUAAUUGCUGCUCUUGGUGUCUCAAGGCUGCUGUGUAUCAGCACUAACUAAAUCAAUCUGUUGGUUCAGUUGUACCUCUACUGCAAAUACAAGAA